AUGCGCCGCCUCAAAACCUCCGUCCAGUUUCUCAAAUACUUUUCCACUCAAGCCCGCCUCCAGGAUGCGGGUCCCAUGGCCUGCCUUUUGAAAACCCGGUCCGUAAUCCGAUUCAAAGGACCCGACACCAUUAGGUUCCUCCAGGGGCUGGUAAGCAACGAUGUGCGGAGGCUUGAGGACCCGGAACCUGCGGGUGAGAAUAGCGCUACACCCAACAUGCCCGUGGUCGUAGUUCCGCCUCUGUACGCAGCAUUGUUGACUCCUCAGGGAAGGUUUUUGUAUGAUUUUUUUCUGUAUAGACCGCCCCGGCCUGAUGAGAAGCUCGAUAGGAUUGGGUCUGGACCCGGACCCGACCCCGGUGAGCUGGAGAUUUACGCCGAUGUUGAUCGGUCUGUGCUCGAUGAGGUCUUGAUGACCUUAAAGAAAUAUCGUUUAAGGUCCAAGGUUGAUAUUGAAAACAUGGCAGAAAAGUACUCUUGCUGGCAAAGGUUUGGUGGGAAAAUUGCAGAAAAGUCGUCUUCUCCAGAAACAUUGGGAGGUAAUUCAGUUGGCUGGGGUGGUACUGUUGAUCCUUCUGGUGUAUCAGCUUCAAGAGGACAUAGUUCUGGUUGGCAUUGGAACAAGGAUCCAAGAUUGGAUUGCCUUGGAGAUAGAAGCAUCUUUCCUUCCAGCACGACACCACCUCUAGUUGAGGCGGAUGAAGAAACUGAUGAAGAAAAUUUUCUUUUGUGGAGAUUGGAGAAAGGAGUUGCUGAAGGCUCAACAGAGAUCCCAAAAGGUGAGGCAAUUCCACUGGAAUACAAUCUUGCUGGUUUAAACGCAAUAAGCUUCGAUAAAGGAUGCUAUGUGGGCCAAGAGCUCAUUGCUCGUACUCAUCACCGUGGUGUUAUCAGAAAGCGUUUGGUUCCUUUGAAAUUUCUGGAUGACAGUGGAAAAGAGGUGGAGCAACAAGUUGCUUCAGGUUCAGAAAUAAUUGACAAGACAUCUGGGAAAAAGGUUGGGACAGUCACGACUGCACUUGGAUAUUGUGGUCUGGGACUCCUGCGCUUGGACGAAGCUUUCAAAGACACGAGCACCUUGACCAUAAAAGGACAGGAAGACAUUAGUGUCGAGAGCAUUAGACCAGAAUGGUGGCCAGCUGGGUGGUUUCUAGAUCAUCAACAAGUUCGUGAAGCUGCAUAG